CUGGUGAAAUGUUUACGUUUUCAAAAUGGCUGCCUCUGUGAUUUCUAUGUGGAAGAUUUUUAUUUGUCAACGUUGCGAUCCACGGAAAUAACACCAAGUCAGGGCCAAUUAUAUCUAAAACAUUGUGAUUUUACUGUGUGCUUUAUGGACGACAGUGUAGAAAAAGAAACACAACUCGAGCGAGUUAUUGGCAAGCUUCGCUCAGAUGGAUUCGCUUGUGAUUUGCGAAUGUGUCUGUUUGUCGCUGCUCUAGAAAGCUACCGACACGACAGCAUUCUUAGACCUUAUCCCCCAGUUGGGCUUAGGGAAGAUGGCUCUAAAAAUAUACAGAAAUUGACCAACCUUAGUAGUUCCAUACCCAGCCUAUCGGCAUUGAAUAACGACUCCUGUCUAGAGCCUGGGGUGUGGUCACUCCUGGACUGGGUGCUAUUAAAAAAAUUUGAUGUCAAGACACUGGACAAGUCAAUGUUUCAGGAGAUCGAAAAGAAAACUGGUCAUUCAAGUUACAACUCUACGGAGCCUGAUUACAUAUUUGAGAUUCAAUACCAUGAGAACAAUGCUUUAAAUGCCAGGUUCUUGGCUUUAUCGGAAGAGUGUGAAGUACUGUAUGCAUAUCAUGGCAGCCGUCUGGAGAAUUUCCACUCAAUAUUACACAAUGGGCUUCACUCACAUCUGAACAAGAACUCACUGUUUGGGGAAGGUACAUAUUUGUCCAGUGACCUCAACGUGUCAAUUAUGUACAGCACCUACAGCCAGGCAUGGAGUAAUAGUGGUCUCGGAGAGAAGCUGAGCUGUGUGGCAGUAUGUGAGGUGCUCAACCACCCUGAUGUCAAAUGUUCCCUAGAGGACCCCCGAGCGGCAACAAGCAGCCCCGAGCGGAGAAGGAGUGGCAGCGGAGCAUCCAGUGUGAGGGCAAGGGCCAAGGGCAGCGAAGGCGGAGACGUGCCCGAUAGGUACUAUGUUGUGCAGAAUAACCAGCUCCUGCGCGUGAAGUACCUACUGGUGUAUGCCGAAAAGCGCCCCCAGAGAAACACGCAAAGGACGCCUCCUGGUACGUGGUUUGCGCGUCUCCUCAUCAUCUACAUUAUCGGACUUGUCCUUCUCGGCCUGUCCCGAACACGGGCAUUUCACAAGCUUGCAAGCUACUUGCAGAAAGAAGAUACUCACCUAUAGGAAAUAUAUUAAACAAUCAUCAAGGCGGCCAUUCGCCUUGUAUACCAGAAUAGAACCUUUUGUACGUGGCCUAGAUAAAGUUAUAAAAAAGAUAUAUUGAUGUCGCAA